AUGCAAAGUUCCAAAAUAAUCAGUGAUCCUUUGUUAUCUUCCUACUCCGUCGACAAUAACAGCAAUGGAAAAAAGAAAUUAGUUCGUAAAACAAGUGCGGAAAUUGUAAGCGAGGCCAAAAGUAUGCUUGCGGGAGGGGGUACGCGGCUGGUUCCUGCGAGAAGGCCAAUCACACCGAGAGAACCAAAAAGGCAACUUUACGGUCGUGCAGCACCUGCAGGAAGACCACCCAGUGCUUUUAGCUUAAAAUAUUUACAGUUUGAAUCGCGCGCUCUACCGUCUUUAGAGCCUAUACAAAGUGCAACUAAUCGGAACACUUUUACGCGCUCGGAAUCAGCCGAUUCUAUUUCAUUGGAGGGAAAUGAUAUCGCGAAUAAUUACAACAACAACAACAACAACAAUAAUGCAUCUAGAAGCAAACUGCCCGCCUUGCUCAAAGUACCCAGUAAACAAGCUGGAUCAUUGGAUAAUCUUUCAGAGUGCAUGCCACCGCGGGUGGACUUGAGGCCACCGUUAACGCCGCAAUUUUCACUGAAUGUUGAACCAAAGCCAUUGAGUGAAAAGCGUUCCUCAGAGGCGGGUGCUUCCGGUACAACGACUUCGGCUGAACCGACACCGCCGGGCAGUAUCGUCCGCAAUCAUCCGCUCAAGCGUCGUCCGAUUCAAUCAUUAGACGAGCGCCAGAGUGUUACCGAGGCGGUUAAACCUUCUUCCCCACCGGCAGACCUCAUGGGAAGUGUGAAAAUGGAUUAUCGAAAGGAAAAAGCUAAACUCAGCAAAAGUAACGACUUGCUCGCUAAAUCCUCGACAGAGUCGUUACUGGACAUGUUGAAGGCUCAUGCUGGGAUUAAGGACUGUAACGACGAAACCGUGAGUCACAUUAAUGGGAUUCUAGCAGAGCUUUACUCCAGGGUGAAGGGCGCAAAGGGCAGUUGGCGUGGUGCGGUCCUGGGAGCCUUGUACGGGCUGGUCGAAUCAAAUUCACCUAGAAUUCUACUCUCGGUAGCGCGUGUUGUGCUGGCGCUUAAUGUGACUGGCAGCAACCUGACGGGAGCUUGUAAAUUGGUAUUCAAAAUCGCUCGCAAUGAAAAUAACGAUUCACUCUUCGCGGAGAGUGAUGUACCAGAGCUACUUGUCGAUGGCUUGGGACGUGCUUCUCCGGUCGACGAACCAGAGGCGUGCAUUUACGGAUAUGGGGCCAUACGAUUUCUAGCAGGCUCAGCUGCUUCAAGCAUGCAGAAAAGCAAAGCGGAUAACCUCUCCCGGGAAACUAAGCAAAAGUCCUUGGCCUUUCGCCUUGCUCGUCACGGCUUAGUGCAGUUGAUUAUACUUCACCUCAAAAUGUUGAACGAACUGGGUUCAGCAAAGAAACUAUCGGGAACUCCUUUGCAUGCCUUGUUUCAACUUUCUGGUGCCCUGAGAACUCUUGCAGGAGUUCCUACAUUUGGUAAUGGUUUAACGGCAACGCGUUCGUUAUUGAAUAGUACUAAUCCACAAAUUAAAGAAACUCAAGAAACUGAAAUGAUUCAGUUAGAAUUGGCAGGACCGCUACUAGUACGUGCAGCCGAGAUGUGCUUGGAUGAACCUGAAGUACAGGCCAAUGUAAUUCGGACACUGAGUAUUCUUUCGGAAAGACCCGACUGCUGCGAACAACUGACGGAUGCUGCACCACGACUAGGAAUUUUACUGGGGUCGAUCAGUGAAACUAGCCCUACUGUCGAAAAGGGAUUGGCAGCCGUAAACCGACUUGGAUACAUUUUGGGUAACAUAAUGACCCGAUGGGAUACGGCCCGUUUAUUGUUUUAUUCUAACGAUGUGUCUAUGGAAGCGAUCAUGAAGACACUAGAAUACUACUCCAACAAACGUUUCUCAAUAAAGAAUCAUAUGGGUGAUUCGGUAGUUGACGUUCUUACCAAGCUUGUUCGAGUGGUGGCUAAUAUAUGCGUUAAUGCGGACGUUGGCUACGGGUUGAGUAAUAGACCAUCGCUCGGCGAGAUCCUUCUGAGCAUUCUUCUAAAAGUUAAAGAUGCCAAGGAUACCGAAACAGAGGAACUGCUCUUCGCUACCUUGGGUGCAUUGCACAACCUGUCCUACUAUUAUGAACAACCGGAUAACUCACUUCAGUAUCAUCAUUCGGGUAGUUUAGCCGACCGUCUUAAGGACAUCUGUGGAGUUCUUUGCAGAAUCCUUAACACGGAGUCCAGUUCUGCUCGCUCGGAGGUUGCACGUGUUCUUGGUAAUAUGACUAGAAAUGAGGAAGCACGUGAAGCAUUCUGUUCAGAAAAUGGAUUACACAUUUUGAUACGCUGUUUGGAAUCGGAUAAUGUUGAGCUGUUGGUUACUUCGUGUGGCGUUUUGGUUAACGUUUUAGGGGAUUGGGAACGACGUGCUCCAUUUCGGGAAAUGCAGGGACCAGUAUUGCUACGGAAACUGUUGCAGCAAGGUGCAUCGACACAGGAUUGGAUUUUGGCCGGUAUAGCAUGUCAAGCGUUGUGGAAUUAUCUGAUUGAUAGCGGCAACGUAAUUAAUGCUUUGGGCGAAUUUGAGGUUGAUUACAUCUGCGGAGAUUUGGCUGAGUGUUUGGAUGAAGCUAAAUUGUUUAACGGGCAAGAACCAGACAUGCUUUGGGAAGAAUUUGCCCCAGUCGCUACGGAUCUACUAGAGAGAUUGCAGUCUUGUAUGUCGAUAGGAAACUCGCCGUGUCUUUCGUCGGAUGACGAAUCUGACAUGAUUAUUGGACAAGCUGGAGAUUCUUGGGGAGAAUGUUAUAAGCAGUGGUUGAAACAAUAA